AUGUCAGUGCGCGGUGCACCAACAUCUACUCUGGCAAAGUGGCUUUUCCACAGCAUGCUUUCUCUCACCUCGGACGCAACUACGGCCAUCUGUUCAACGGCUCAGCUUCUAGAGCGGCUCAAGGGCAUGCGACUCAGCGAGGACGAGGUCAGCGUAUCAUGCGAGGUCACCUCUUCUUUCUUUUUGAUCCCGCAAUACAUAUCAAUCGAACUGGCUAGCGAAAUGCUCGAAAGCAAGUACGAGGAGACAGGCGAAAGUGUGAAACGGAGGCAUUUCAUUCAACUGCAACAAUUCUGCCUGAAGGCGUUCUUUACCUUCGAAGGGAGAGUGUACGAACAGAUCAAGGAGACGCCGAUGGGAUCACCGCUUUCAGGCUUCAUCACAGAAGCAGUUCUCCAAAAGGUUGAAAGCGCAGUUUUCGAGACAUACAGGUGA